CACAGUUGUCAAUUUUUGCAAGUGGUGGUGGUCGUGGUGGUCACUGGUGAUUAAACUUGCUUUGUGUGGUCGUAAAAGCUUAAGUGCACUUUUUAUAAUUUUAUUUACUGUGCAUGAUGUAAAAUUUCAAUUUAAGAAGAAUUAGAUAAAGUGUUUAAACCAUGGAAACCACCCCGUUGUUAACGAGACCAAAAAAGAAAUCAAUAUGGUCAAGGAUGAACUUUUUGAGGUUUCGUAAACGGGAACUAUGCUCGAGGGUAAUACAUUUGGGACAUCUUCCUGAAGAAGAUUUUCCGCCCAACUAUGUGUGCAAUCAGAAAUAUAACAUCAUCACAUUCCUGCCCAUUGUUCUGUUUGAACAAUUUAGAUUUUUUCUCAACCUAUAUUUCUUAGUGAUGGCCGUAUCACAGUUUAUACCAAGCAUAAGGAUUGGUUACUUGUACACAUACUGGGGGCCAUUGUGCUUUGUACUGGCUGUGACAUUGUUCAGAGAGGCUAUUGAUGACUUUAGAAGAUACAGGAGAGACAAAGAAGUAAACCGACAGCGUUACGAACGCAUAUCACUGGACUCCUCACUCCAAGGUUACAGACCAUUCAUAACAGAACGUGUGCCUGCAUCUGAGCUGCGAGUUGGCGAUAUAGUGAUGCUGCACAAGGGCCAGAGGGUACCAGCUGAUAUGAUUCUACUGAGGACCAAUGAGACCAUGGGAACUGUGUUUAUAAGGACCGACCAACUUGAUGGAGAAAUUGAUUGGAAGUUACGGAUACCACUCCCGUCAACCCAAAAACUACCCACCGAUGCACACCUCCUAGACAUAAACGCGAAGAUAUUCGUGGAUAAGCCACAGAAAGACAUACACUCCUUCAUCGGCACGUGUACAAGGCUGGAUGAAGAGGAAACGGAUUCCUUGGACAUAGAGAACACGCUGUGGAGCGGCUGUGUCGUGGCGAGUGGACAGGCUACCGGAUUGGUUAUUUAUACUGGCAGUGAAACCCGCAGUGUAAUGAACAACGCGACACCUCGUUCCAAAGUGGGCCGUCUGGAUAUAAGAAUAAACGACUUCACGAAGGUUCUGUUUGGAGCUACUCUGUUCACGUCCUCACUACUGAUCGUGCUUAAAGGCUUCGACGGACCCUGGUUUGCGUUUCUCAUCCGAUUUGUACUACUGUUCUCGUAUAUUGUACCUAUCAGCUUACGAGUAAAUCUGGAAAUGGGCAAAGUGUUUUACUCGUGGACUAUUCAGCGGGACAAGGAGAUUGAAGGCACAGUCAUGAGAUCCACCACUAUCCCCGAAGAGCUGGGAAGAAUACAGUAUCUGUUAGCGGACAAGACUGGAACAUUGACGAAGAAUGAAAUGGUCUUCCAAAAACUGCAUUUGGGGAAUGCGCUUUUUGACAAGAAUAACUUUUAUGAGGUAGAAGCACUACUGACGCAGUACAUAACCAAUGAAGAGCCAUCUUUACCAACCUCGCCGGUCACGGAGGGUGCUGUGUUGGCGCCCACGCCUCGCCAAGUCUGGCAAGCUGUGCUCGCGCUCGCCCUGUGCCACAACGUCACGCCCGUUUACGAUAUAGACGACCAGAGGGCCGAUGAGGCUCAGUCAGACAUGGGCAGCUCAGUGAUGUCUGAGAGCUGCGGGGGCGCCGUGCCGCAACAACAACUGUGCGACUACCAGGCCUCCAGCCCCGACGAAGUGGCGCUGGUCAAAUGGACAGACAUGAUGGGAGUAUCACUAUACAGCCGCGAUCUGCACAACAUCUCGCUGAAACUGCGCGCCGCCAACGAGCUCAUGCAGUUCAGCAUCCUGCAGAUAUUCCCCUUCACCAGCGAGAGCAAGAUGAUGGGCAUCAUUGUGCAGGAAGAAAACACUCAGCGCAUAACAUACUACGUGAAAGGUGCGGACGUGGCUCUGUCGAAACUGUUGGACUCGUCGUGGCUCUCCUCCGAGUGCAAGCUCCUCGCGGCGGACGGGCUCAGGACAUUAGUCGUUGCCAAGAAGACCAUGACCAAGAACGAGUAUUUGGAGUUUGAGAGUGAGUACAAAGAGGCCCGCAUGAGUGUGACGGGGCGCACGGAGCGCACGGCCGCGUGCCUGGCGCGGCUACAGCGCGGCCUCACGCUGCUCGCGCUCACCGGCGUGGAGGACCGCCUCGCCGACAACGUGCCGGCCACUCUCGGCCGGCUACGUGCUGCUGGGAUCAAGAUUUGGAUGCUAACGGGCGAUAAGCUAGAAACUGCGCUAUGCAUCGCGCGAUCGCUACAGUUGGGCGGCGGGGAGCGCUGGCUCGCGGCGCCCGAGUGUAAGACGAGGCGAGAUGCGUACGCGCUGCUAAACGAUCUGGCCAACAACUCUGACGCCAUCGAUCUUAUUAUAGAAGGCGAGACGCUUGAGGUGUGUCUCGGAUCUUACCAAGAGGAAUUCGUAGAGGUACUGCGCUCGUGUUCAGGCGUGGUAGUCGCGCGAUGCUCGCCGACUCAGAAGGCGAGAGUUGCGCGACUGUUGCGCGCUCGGGACCUCGUCGUGGCGGCCGUGGGGGACGGAGGCAAUGACGUCGCUAUGAUACAGGAGGCUGAUAUGGGUGUAGGCAUCGAAGGCGCGGAGGGUCGAGCGGCGUCGCUUGCCGGGGACGUCAGUAUAAAGCAGUUUUCGUGUCUGGCGCGUCUGUUGCUGCUGCAUGGACGUCGGUCUCUCAUGCGAUCGGCUGCACUGUGUCUUUUCAUCGUUCAUCGUGGACUUAUUGUUUCUACUAUGCAGGCUGUGUUCUCAGUAGUAUUUUACUUCUCAUCAGUAUCACUAUACCCUGGUUUUCUAAUGGUUGGAUAUGGAACUGUUUUCACCAUGCUGCCAGUAUUCUCAUUGGUUUUGGAUAAGGAUCUGCCAAGUUCGACGGUCAUGAGAAACCCUCAACUAUACAAACAGAUGACCAAAGGAAGCCAACUGUCCUAUAAGACUUUUUAUAUAUGGAUUGGAAUAUCGAUUUAUCAAGGCGGUGUUAUAAUGUACGGAGCUCUAGUACUAUUCGAGGAGCAACUGAUUCAUAUAGUGGAGAUUAGUUAUACUGCACUCAUCCUCACAGAGCUGAUAAUGGUAGCUCUCACAGUAGUGACGUGGCACCGGCUCAUGGCUCUCGCGGAGCUGGUCAGCCUGCUCAUGUACACUGCCACGCUGCUCAUCUUCACUACUUACUUUGAUGCGGAUUUCAUCAGGCACUGGGAUUUUUGGUGGAAAGUGACAGUGAUAACGCUCGUGUCGUGCUUGCCCCUGUACAUCGUCAAGUUCAUGCAUCGCAAAUGGAGCAACCGUCAGUACAAAAACAUUAAAACUAAAUAAAAAUAUUUUCAAAAACCGUGGGGUUUCGCGGGACACCGAAGCGAAGCUCCUUAGAAAUCUUUAUAAAGAGAAAGAUUUUUUUUCUGUUCGUUAAAUGCGCGCAUUAUUUAUGUUAUUCUGUUGAAACUUUAUCAGUUGUUGUUUACACUGGUAGCAUGGAGUACCAACAAGGUACAAUAGGUGGCGCGCGUCUCAUUUUGUGUAUGCUCGGCAUCGAUAUAUUGUAUGCUGACUCGCUCACUUAUGUGGGCACACAUUCGCGUCGAUUUUGAUGUUUUUUCUCUAAACUAAAUUGAAGAGUAUCUGCAUCUUUUUCUUUGUAGUAUUCUUAAAAAAGGACGGAAAAUUAAUUUUAAAUUUAAAGACUAAAUUUUAGUGCGCUUUACAACUAAGAUAUAACAAUCAAACUUUCCCCUAUUCACCCUUAAAAUUUUUAUGGUUAGUAAAAAGUAGUCAGUGAUGUGGCAAUUAGAAAAUUACUUUCAGCAGCUUCUUUAAUUGGAAAUUUCGUCCAAGUUUAGGAAUUCAUUGAUAGCUACUGAUUCUGAUCGCAAUUAAUUUUAGAGUAUUUGCAUCUGUUUCUUAUCAAUGUA